AUGGUCCCCGUCCCUCCAUCGCCGCAGCCAGCAGCAUCUGCCAACCAGCUGCCUACCAUCCACUCGGCCAUCGCCGACAAACGACCCGCCUCCUACACCUCCCCAGCCGACGACCACGAAUCUGCUGCGGCCAAACACGUCUCCCCCGGCAGCAACACCGACAUCCAGAUCCGCGAAUACCACAACAGCAUCAAGGCCACCCUGACGGCGCUGCUGAAUGAUGAACGAGUAAGAAAAGACCCAGGCGGCAGCAAAUGCGUCCAGUCCUUCCUUCUUGAAGCGGAGAGGAACUUACGAAAGGAGAAGAGGAAAUCGAUCGGUACUCGUCCGCCUGAUCAGAAGCUGUAA